AUGUAUCUCUAUUCAAAGACUACUGGUAUUGUCUUGAUAAUUCUGAAGAACAUGUUUAUAUCAAGUUUAUGUCAAGUCUUCUCCGCCUUGAUUCCCGCUAUUAAAGUAUGUAUUCCAUGUCUACUCCCAAAAGGCUUUAAAUUAUAUAUAGCGAGCAAGAAUUUGCGGACUGACAAUCGUUCUACAUUGGGUUUUCAUAUACCCGUUGUUAUGAUGAUACACAUCAGCACCAUAGAUGAUAUUGUACCAUUGCUCAAAAUGAUAUAUCACAAAAAUUGUGAUGAUAUCGGCUCAAUCAUCUACAUUUUUGGUACAUUUGAUCCAGAUGAAAUUACCCUAUUUUUCCAGUGCAAGUACAAAAGAAAAAGAUAA